GUCGGUUUUUCCGCUUUUAAAAAAAAUCCCCUCAAGUUCACGAAAUCCCAAACUCGACGCGCCUCGGACGAGCGAACGGCGUUCCGAGGGACGUCAAACGGAGGGAGACGGAGCGGUGAAAUCCGGCGGAUCGUCGUCUCGUACGUGGUGAAGGCUGCAGAGCUGCUCCCACACCUCACUGCCCCGGGUCUCACUGCUGGAGCGACACGCGGCGGGACGACGCCAUGACGGCCCAGGAUGACUACGAUGAGCUGCUCCGUCUCUACGAGCUCAGGGAGACCAUCGGCUCAGGUGGGUUUGCCAAGGUUAAGGUCGCACGUCACCUGCUCACGGGGGAGAAGGUGGCCAUCAAAAUCAUGGACAAGGCUGAGCUUGGGGAUGAUUUGCCACGAGUGAAGACCGAGAUAGAAGCCAUGAAGAGCCUGAGCCACCAGCACGUGUGUCGUCUCUACCAGGUGAUCGAGACAAAGACGAAAAUCUUCAUGGUGCUGGAGUACUGCCCGGGCGGGGAGCUAUUCGAUUACAUCAUCGCGCGGGACCGCCUGCCCGAGGAGGAGGCACGUGUCUUCUUCCGGCAGAUCGUGUCGGCCAUCGCCUACGUCCACAGCCAGGGAUUCGCACACCGUGACCUCAAGCCGGAGAACCUCCUCAUCGAUGAGAACCACAACCUCAAGCUCAUCGAUUUCGGGCUCUGCGCUCGUCCCAAGGGCGGGCUGGAUUGCCACCUGGAGACCUGUUGCGGCAGCCCGGCGUACGCUGCACCAGAGCUCAUCCAGGGAAAACCCUACUGUGGCUCGGAGGCGGACCUGUGGAGCAUGGGUGUUCUGCUCUACGCCCUCCUCUGUGGCUUCCUCCCGUUUGAUGAUGACAACGUGAUGGCAUUGUAUCGCAAGAUCCAGAGGGGGAAGUACGAGAUACCAAAGUGGCUGUCUCGCGAGAGCGUGACACUCCUCGACCAGCUCCUGCAGGUGGACCCGACGCGUCGCUUGGCCGUGAGACAUCUCCUAGGUCACCCUUGGCUGAUGAGUGGCUAUGGCUGUCCCGUAGAGUGGCAUAGCAAGUUCCCGCUGCUUCACGUGGAUGAGGACUGCGUAACGGAACUCGCCGUCUUCGGAAAGAAGUCCAAGCAGCGGACGGCAGAGCUGGUCUCGGAGUGGCGCUACGACGAGUUCACAGCCUGCUACCUGCUGCUGCUCGCCAAGAAGGCGCUGGGUCGCCCUGUGCGUCUGCUGCCCCCGGGUGUCACCGCCCCCCGCUCCUGCCCCCGCGUGCGCGUCGCCUCUACGCCACACGCACACGCCAACAAGUCAAGAAAGGCGCUGGCGUUCAUGGCACCACCUGGCGGAGGGGUCGAGGAGCGAGGAGACGAUGUGGAGCAGGAGGAUGAGGAGGAGGACGCGCCGUACGUGUUUGGCUCCAUGGACUUUGACGACACCGACUCUUACUUUGACGACUGCCCCUUCAGAAGGGAGAGGCAUUGCUCAGGCCGACCGCCGGCCAAGAAGCCCCGACCCAAAUCCGAGACGACGGAGUACGACGUGGCACAACCGCGACGGGCGCGAGCCACCGCCCCGGCAGCGGCGACGAGGCCUGGCGGCAAGGAGAACGUUCCCCACGGCCGCCCUCCCAAACCCAGCACCUCCUCCUCAUCAUCAUCCUCCUCUACGUCGUCUCUUUCCUCUGCAUCAUCGCCACUCAAACGCAAAACGCCCGGUGGGAAGGGGAAUGCCGCCACUCCGCGCUCGACGCCGGCGCAGGCCAGGACGCCCAACACGCUCGUCGCCCUCACGCCGGGUUCCCCGACGUGCCGGACCGGUGCCGUAGCCGAGUCGGACUCGGAGAGGAAAGCGGUGGCGAGGACUCCGGCAUGGGUGAAGGAGGUGGUGGCGUCGUGGCAAGCACCGCAGGGACAGGGGGAUUCGUCUCCGCUUGUGUCCAGGCGUGGUGACCCCCAGUGUGAGCGGCUGCGCCUGGCCCCACAGUUGAGUCCAGAUCGCAACAGAUUCGGGUCUUCGGGGUCCGACACUGAACGUGGCUUUGCCGCCGCCGCCAACUGUGGAGGAGUCGUAGCGAGCGGCGGCGGUGCCGCCGGUGGCUCCAAGACGCGGCGCGGGGGGAAGGUGUUCGGGAGCCUGGAGCGCGGCAUCGACCGCGUGCUGGCGGCGCUGACACCCAGCAAGCGGCGCGGCUCGGCGCGGGACCUUCCCCGGCGCACGCGGUACCACUACAACGUGACUCCCACGGGGAGCCUCAGUGCCGAGCAGGUGCUCGCAGAGUUGGUGCGGGUCUUGCCGCAGAAGCACAUCGACUUCCAGCAGAAGGGGUACACCCUCAAGUGCCAGACGCAGUCGGACUUUGGCAAGAUCACGAUGCAGUUCGAGUUGGAGGUUUGCUCGCUGCUCAAGCCCGAGGGCGUGGGCAUCAGGCGGCAGAGGCUCAAGGGAGACGCGUGGGUCUACAAGCGGCUCGUGGAGGACGUCCUCGCCUCUGCCAAGCUGUCCUAGCUCGGCGUGUCGCCCCCUCUCGCCGCCGUGUAAUUCCUCUCAA